AGAUGGUCGAGAAUACAGUAGGGCAGAAAUGUUUUCAGUUUCUCAUAAGGACUCCAAAGGGCUAUAUGUCAAUGAAGAGGCCAAGAAAAAAGCUGAACAAUUGCAAAUUGAAAUGCAAAACACUCCUGAGAAUGAAGCAUUUGUCAAAGUGUUUGGAAAAGAACAUCCUGGAUAUGUGCGUUCUAUGGGACUUGGGAUACCACCAUCUCAAAUCUCUACUUCUCACCGUGCUAGAGCGACAUCUUCCUUUGAGGCUAAUGAGAAGAUGUUGAAAAUGCAAGCCGAAAUCGAUUCACUUAAGGAUAAGGCUUCACAAGUUGAUAUCUUGAAGGAACAAGUGGCAUUUUUGAUGCAAAUGCAGAAUUCUAGAGAAAAACAGGUAAAAUUGUAUUUUCACAAGUUUCAUUCUUGUUGCUUGGAUUAGGAUGUUAAGUUUUAG